AUCCAGAUGCGGCACCUUCCAUAGAUAACAGCCACAGUGAAAUGGAGAAUAUAUAAAAGACUGUGCUAUACCAACAAUGUAGAAGCCAAUAUCGACAUCAAUUAUCUCAGACUCUGAAUAUGGUAUCAUUUACCGAAAGAGGGUUUGAAAAAUCCGACGUCAAGGCUGAGAAGCAUAUCGAGGUUGACAGCGAUGUCGAGAAACUGAGUCUUGGAAAUAGCGUGGAUCCAACGCAUACCGUUAUUGAGAUCGAUGAGACUAACUUUGAUUUUAUCCAUGGUGACCCUACGUUCAUGACCAAUUCGCCAUAUCCCGAGGUUCGUGCUGCUGUUUCGGUGGAAGUGGACCCAAAUGUACAUUUGAACCAUUGGAGAUCUUGGUUUAUGGUUACAGUUUUUGUGAUUGUUUUUGCAGGAGUUAACCAGUUCUUUUCUUUGAGAUAUCCAUCUAUAAGUAUCAGUUAUGUUGUUGCUCAAAUUAUCUCAUUCCCAAUUGGAAAAGCAUUGGCAAAAUUGCCCGAUAUCAGAUUCAAGCAUGCUCCAUUCUUCAACCUUAAUCCAGCACCUUUUGGUAUCCAGGAGCACGCUCUUUUGACCAUUAUCGUGUCUUUGACUGCAUCUUCAGCAUAUGCUAUGAACAUUCUUAUUGCAACCACCAACUUUUACCACAUAGAUGUUUCGGUAGGAUACCAAAUCUUACUUGUCCUUACCUCGCAAAUGUUAGGUUAUUCUGCAGCCCAGUUAUCACAAAGAUGGGUGGUCUACCCAGCAGCUGCCAUCUGGCCCCUGGCCUUGGUUACUGCCACCAUUUUCACAACUUUGGCAAAGGCUGACAUUGUGGAUGCUGUGAAGGUUGCCAGAUUCAACUGGUCCAGAUUCAAGAUGUUCUAUAUCGUUACCAUUGGCAGUUUUGUUUGGUAUUGGGUGCCAGAUUUCUUAUUCAAAGGUCUCUCAAACUUCAACUGGAUUUGUUGGAUCGCUCCAAAUAACACCGUGGUUAACCAAAUCUUUGGUACAUCUUCUGGAUUAGCGGUAGGAAUCCCAAUCACUUUUGACUGGACCCAAAUUACUCAAGCUUUGAGUGUUUCUCCAUUAGCAACCCCAUUCAAUGUGGCUGCAAAUACCUAUGGUUCGGUGUUUAUCUUUUUCUGGAUUGUUUUGCCAAUUUUGUAUUAUACCAACACUUGGUAUGCAAAGUACAUGCCAAUGAUCAGCUCAACUUCAUUUGACAAUACCCAAAAGAGUUACAAUGUGACAAGAAUCUUAAACAAACACAAAAAGGUAGACAAGGCUCUUUAUAAGGCAUACUCUCCUGUCUUCGUCUCCUAUUCAUACUUAUUGUCGUAUGCAUUGAAUUUUGCAGCUGUGACCUCGCUCAUUACCCAUUCUAUUUUAUAUAAUGGUAAGACCAUCCUUGGUUUACUUAAAGACCCCUCCCACACUGGGGAUGAUAUUCACAGAAGAUUGAUGAAAAAGCACUUCAAGGAUGUGCCUUACUGGUGGUCAGGUGUCCUUUUCUUGGUGGCUAUUGGAUUUGGGUUCGGCGCUGUUUGUGGUUGGCCUGAGUACAGUCAAACUCCAUGGUAUGGUCUUAUUCUUGCCAUUGCAAUUGCCUUGUCUACAUUCCUUUUCGAAGCUAUUCUUCAAUCUACUACCAACCAACACGUUGGUCUCAACAUCAUUACUGAGUUGGUAGCCGGAUAUGUCUUCAAGGGUAAUCCUUUUGCCAACAUGAUCAUUAAAUUAGUUGGUUUCAUUCCUAACCGUCAAGGUUUGAAUUUUGCUAUGGACUUGAAGUUAGGCCAGUAUAUGAAGAUUCCUCCUAGAACGUUAUUUAUGUUCCAAGUUUAUGGUACUGUUUUGGCUUCCUUGGUUAAUGUUGGUGUUCAGCAAUGGAUGAGAUUCAACAUCAAGGACAUUUGCGUACCAGGAACUGAAUUUUCUUGUGCAAGUGGAAGGGUUAUCUUUACAGCAUCAAUCACUUUUUCAUUAGUUGAAGAAUUGUUUUCACCAGGAAAGAUCUACAACCCAUUAUUGUACUUUUUCCUUAUUGGUGCUAUUUUCCCAUUCUUUACCUACUACUUAUGGAAGAAGUAUCCAACUAGAUGGUUUGGUAGAAUCAAUUCCCCAGUGUUCUUUACUGGUCCCGGAAACAUUCCACCAUCCACAUUGUAUAACUACUCGUUAUACUUUGCCACUUGUUUUGUCUUCAACUUCUACUUGAAGAGAUUCAAGACUGCAUUCCACACUAGAUACAAUAAUGUUAUCUCAGCUGGGUUCGAUGCAGGUGUGGCAAUUGCAGGUGUGAUAAUCUUCUUAUGUGUGUCUUACCCAGGUGGUAAGCUCACAUGGUGGGGUAACACAGUUUACAGAAACACAAAGGACUUCAAGAGCGCACCUUAUUACGUAUUGAAGAAGGGGGAGAAGUUCGGUCCUACAGAAUGGUAAUUACGGCUAUGAUAAACAAUUUAUAUGAAAUAGAUGAAAUAGACAGUAAUAUAUGAC